CCAAUGGAAACAUCGAACACGUCGCUUGGCUAAGAUCAUUUGGGUUCGUUGGCGAUGUCUCGAUGUAGAUUCGUUUCGAGAGCGGUAGCUAGUCCUAGUUAAGACAAGCGCUCCAGCCCCACAUCCUGACAAUGGGCAUCAUGAUCCGACCUACCGCUACACUUCAUCCGUCAAUCAUCGAUGAACAUCUCGAGUUUUGAUCUCUAACCUAUUCUAUUGGGUUUGGGGGUUUUAUCAGCACUUAUCAUGUCGAUGAAUUGUCCUUCUGCAGCGUACAAACAAUCCGAGGCUCCUUCCAGUUUAUCACUGCAUUUACUACAGGAGCGGUGGGAAAGCAGUCCAAAAGACGAUAGACACAGAUUAGAGCUGUGUUGGGGAUACAACGACUGCGGAGACUGCCAUCGGAGUGAUGGGUUUUGCGGCUGGUGUCCACUCUCACAAACGUGUUUACCACUACCUACAGAUGCAAUAUCUAGGGCUUUUCCGCUGCUAGCUCCGUUGAGAUACAAGUUUAUCUGCGCUACUGGACCGGAAAGGUUUGAGUUGAGAACGAGUGGGCUGGGAUGUCAAGUCUCGACGAUCACCUUCUUGACAUCUAUUGUCACUAUAUUCUGCACUCUGCUCGGCUUAGUAAUACUAUACUGGAUUUUUGAAUUAAUCAGUUACUUGAAUUUUGCGAUGAGGGCAAGAAGAGGAGGUUGGGUGGUUUACGGGAAUGGCAGAGAAGAGGUUUGGAGCAGGAAAGGGGAAAAUUGGCGAAGAUGGUGGAGACGAAUGAGAGGCCAAAUACGCGACGAUGAGACUGAAGAGCUGGACAAUGGGACUUGGGAAAGGAGCUGGAGGUUCUGGAACGGUGCCCCAAAACACCAUCCCAUAAGAUCAAACGGUUCAGAGACACAGCCUCUGCUAUAA